AUGCCAAGCUCUAACCUCUCUCCCGCUAUUGGAGACAGUCAAUCCGGAUGCUUGUCCCCUACCAACCCAUUCCUCAACUCCCUGCAGAACAAUCCCUUCUUUGAGGAACUCCUCGCUGAUCAGGUACUAAAUUCUCCUUCACCUACUCACUUUUUCUCUAGUUUCCCGUCUGGGCCACAUGCUUCAACAGAGGUCGUUGGGAGUUUAUAUUCCUCUGAGGAUUACAGUCCCUCUGCCUCCCUAAGACAUAAAGAACCAGAGAAGGAAUCUCCAACCAAAAGCAUUGGCAUCCCCGUUCCAGAAACAACACCUCCAUCACAAGGAGACCUUCCUCCUCCAGAUGAGAAACCUGCUGUCCCUCCUCCCCUCUCAGAGUGGGAUGACACCUUUGAUGCCUUUGCAACCAGCAGGCUCAAACCAGAAUUGAAGAAGGAGAACUUCUUUGCUUCAGUGGCAGCAGAGGGCAUGGCUUUUAUCGAUGAUCCUGAUGCAGCCAGCCCGACAGAGAGAUCAACCGAGCCGGCUGGUGGGAAAGGGACAAAGAUAUUUGAAAAGGUUGAUUCACAAAUGGGCAGUGAAAUGUCUGCAACUCUACGUUCUUGGACAAAUUUCUCUGGUUUAGAUGUGGGGGCAAAUUUGGUGAGCACAACCCAGGAAGCGACGGUGAUCGAGGAUGUGCUGAGCCCUGUGUCUGCGGGGUCGAUGGGAAGGAGGAGGAAGAGCAGCACACCCACGGUUUGGACGGCAGCCUUUGCAUCGGGAAAUUCAGGGGAAAAAGAGGUUUCCACACCACUAACUGCUGAAAAUAGUGAUAGGGAGGAAGGAGAUGGGAAUGAGGAGGAACCUUCUAGUGCAGGGACAAAUGGAUGGAUGACCAUAGCCACCGAAACGGCUCCUGACCCAUCAGAGAGCACCCAAAACGUGGCUGAGCAGGAGCGCGUGGGUCAGGAGAGCGCGUUGCUCUUCCUCAGCGAAGGCACCUUUGAAGCGAAGAGCGGAUCUCGUGCUGCCGCUUGUGUGUUGCCCAGAAGCACCUUCACCCCUGAACCCAUCUCUGAAACCUUGCCAGGUAGCAACGUGGCAGCCGUGCCCCCGCGGGUGCUCGCAGAUGUGGCAGCACGACGCUUCCCCGUGGCCUCAGAGCCAGGGACAGAGCCCCAGCGUGCUGGGAAUGAGGAGGACACCUUUGACAUACGGACUUCAGUCUACCAGCUCCAGGCUAGCAUGAAGCUCGAGGCCAGUGAGAACCGUGUGAAGCUCAGCUCUGACAUCCGUGAGAGGCACGUUGUCCUCUCUCCAUGGACAGGUACCCAAGAGAGGGAGGAGAUGGCAGCCGGCUCAGCCGUGCCACCCCCCAAAACUCCAAGGGGGGUCUUCGCAGCCGCGGGUGGUGGAGGGGACAGCGAGGAAGAUGCUGCUUGUGACCCACAGCGAGGCAACGAGGAACAAUGGGAAGACGUGGAGAACCCAAAGGCAGAUGUGGAGCUGCCAAGGAGCCAUCUGAGCAGUGUGCCCUCUGUCCCAGCGUCUCCCAGUCCGCCCGCACUGGGAGGGGACGGAGCUGAAGCUGGGAGUGAGUUCCCAGUUUCUGAGGAUGCUGAAUCUGCCACUGGGGACUCAGCAGCUAAUUUGGAGGCGAAAGCUGAUGAGCUGGCAAAAAGAGACACCUCUUUGAGGGAGGAGCAGUCAGAGAUGAAUGAGGCAGAUGCCGCUGAGCAGUUUGAGACUUGCCCAUCGAAGUUCUCCCUAGAUGGGUUAGGCCAGUUGGAUGCUGAGGAGAGCUGGAGCCAACCAGGUGCUGCAGACGGUGCCGAGUGGGAGAUGGUCUCCAAACAGGAGCCGUUCCCUGAGGAGCUCAGUACAUCAGGACUAAACCCACCUUCCAAACUAGAUCCCAGCCAGCCAGAAACCUACUGGACAGCUCUGGAAGAGCAAGAGGCAACUGGUCACCCUGCGGGUCUCAGCUCAGCAGCACGACCCCAAAGGUUAGCAUGUGGGGAGAGUCCACCCCAGCCAGAGCCAGCAUGGGGUGAUGGUGAGGGGUGGCAUGGACCAGCAGCUGGGCGAACAGGAGGCCAGGCUGAGCCUUGUGCCCCUGUGACAGUGGCUGGUCCUCCUCAGGAGGCAGAGCAGGGCAGACCCCCCACCAGUGAGCCCGAGGGGCCGUGGCGCCGAUGCUCGGCAGACAGCAGGAUAGACUUCAAGAAGGCUGAUUUCUGGAAGCCAGAUAGGGUGGAAGAGAGGCACGAGCAGGACACUUCAACCCCAAGAAACCCCUUUGCUCCAGCACUCAGCCCAAACACCCCAAGCAAUCCCUUUGUGGAGAAACCACCAGAUCCCAUCCCUGUUCAAGCUGUGCUGCCCGAAAGGUUUGAUCAGGGAGGCUUCAGCUUCACCAACCUCCAUCAGGAAGCUCUUGGGCAAAGCUUCCAACCUACUAACCUCCCUGAGGACCUGCUAGGCAAGCCUCCUUUCCUGCAUGACAGCCAGCCCUUGGCCUUCUCCACCCCUUUCCUUGUGGCUGCAACUAACCCUCAACAGUUUGAUUUCCCUUCCCCUGUCGCGUGUCCCCCCAGCAGCGGGGUCUCUGCCGCGACCAGCCGCGCAACCGCCCAGCCCUGCCCUUUGCCGCAGUCCGGUGACACACAAGCUUCAGCGCUCGUGGUUUUGCCCAGGGAGACACAGCCAGCUGAGAAGUCCUUUUUCCAGCAGAUGACCAG